GCUUAAUUGUUUGUUCAUCAUGCAAGUCAUUAAAAAUGUCUACACAACAACAGUGCCACGGAUGCUAGACAAGACUCAAAAUCCUCCUCUGAACCCAUUUGUAUAAGUACCACACUUUGUUUUAUGCUCCCAGAGGUGAUUUUAAGGGAAUCUCAUGGUAGAUGCUUUUACAAGCAGGAACAAGUUACCUUUUAAAAUCACUUUCACUUCAAUCACACAGCUUCCAUUCUGCUUUAAACUGCAAAUCAAUGCCAAUCGGGGCUUUCCACUCUUUCACUUCAAUUAAAAUCCAUUCCCAGCGGAUAAAACCUUUUGAGUUACAAAUUUCAGCUUCAAGCUCCCAGUCUGCCAAUCUAAUGGGGGCCAUUCUGACUUUAGUGGAGCCGGUGGUUGUCAUCAAUAAACUGGGGACAUCGUUCUUUGAGAUGGCACUUACACAGACCGUGUACAACCAGUCACUGAAGGCAACAGCAGGAGACAGCGAUCAGGCGCAGGCGUUAUCCUCACGCUUUCUUCUUAUUCAGAGUGUGUUGUCCUCUGUGGCGGCCAUGGUGUCCAUUAUACCACUGAGACGCAUGGCAGACCGUCAUGGACCUAAAGUCUUCCUGGUGUCCUCUCAAAUGGGUUCGGUUUUGGGCAUGUUUACGCUUGUCAUCUUCAUGUACUGUGAAGUUCCUCUGGAGAUUCUGUACUUGGGUUCUUUGCUGCAUGGUUUGAGUGGAGGCGGGCCGAUGUUCUGGGCCGGGGUGGCGGCUUUGGCGUCUCUGAGCUCAGAGCAGGGCAAACGCACUCUUAAACUCAACAUCGUGGACUUCUGUUUUGGGGUCGCAGGGGUCGUGGGAGAUCUCCUGUCUGGAUAUCUGUACCAGAUGGGACCAUCAAUUCUCCUCCUGACAGCAAUUCUAGUCAGUGUUGUGGCAUUACUGUACUCUGUGUUUGCCCUCACUGACUCGAGACGUUCACUAUCCGAGAGUGAGCCAUUGCUGGCUGAAUCCGAAAAUGGGAAAACGAUGGAUCGAGUCUCUGUAGGCAUGCUGAUCACAGCCAUGGUGUUGUUCAUUCUAGGCAUGGUUGGGGCAGAAAAUGUGCUCCAGCUGUAUGUGCUGAAGCCCCCCCUGAGCUGGGACUCAGUUUGGGCCGGAUAUGGCAGAGCCGCCACCAGCGCCAUGUACCUGAGUAGUUUCAUAGGGGUCCUGGGUCUGUUCAGAGUGUUGGGAGACACACCCCUCACUCUACUGGGUAUUGUGUCCAACUGUACUGGGAUGGCAAUCAUGGCAUUCGCUGUAGAAAGCUGGGUGUACUUCCUGGCUAGAGGGAUCAUGAUGUUUGCCUGCGUUCCCAUGCCAACACUGCGAGCCAUGCUGUCCAAGAACCUGCAUCCUCGGCAAUAUGGGCGAGUCUUUGGGCUGCUCCAGCUUGUUCUAGCUGUGACUGAUCUCUUGUCCAACGUCUUUUUCACCUCCAUUUACCCACUAACUCUCGGCUGGUUCAGUGGCUUCUGCUUCCUCCUCUCCUGUGCUAUUAGUUACACCAGUGCUGUCCCGAUCAUUUAUCGAAGUGGCAGAGACUUGAGACUUGGAUCCAUUUGAGAUGUUGAACACUUACAUGAAAAUUGUUUAACAAAAUAAUUUAAAUGUUUAAUUCUUUUCUUAUUUUGAUUCAGACAAAACCCCUAAUGUGAUGACAAUCGGAUAAAAAUUAUAUUUCAAUGCUUUUGUGUUUGCUUUGCUCGCAAAACUUUUGCAUUGCCUGAGAACAUUUGCAUUCACUCACAAAACCUUUGUGUUCUUUCAUAAAACUAUUGCAAUUCCUAAAAAAAUUGUUUGUUCACAAAACUAAUGCAUUCUCUCCCAAAAACAUUGCAUUCCCUGAUAAACUUUGCUUUUGCUCACAAAAUCUUUCUGUUCUCACGCAAAAGUAACUCUGUGUUUGCACACAAAACUUUUGCAUUCUCUCAACAACGUUUUGCAUUACCCAAGAAACUUUGCAUUUGCUCACAAGACCUUUCUGUACUCUCACAAAAAUAUUGCAUGUUCACAGAAAAUUUCAAUUCUUUUGCAUUUGCUUGCAAAUCUUUUGUGUACCCUGAAAACUUUGCUUUUGUUUACAAAAUGUUUGUUUUAUUUCACCAAAGUUUCAGAUCCUCUUACAAAAGAUUUGUUCAUGCACAAAAUUUUUGCAUUGUCUUAGAAAAAAAGAAUUAUAUUCUCAGUGAAUCUUUGAGUUCACUGAAAGUUUUUCCCUUCACUGAAAGCUACAUUUUUUUUUUCUCCCACCUUAUGCUAUUUCCAUUACUAGUUUUGCAUUUGCGCACAAAAAUUUUGCAAGCAAAUAGAAAACUUUUGCAACUGAAUCUGGAACUUUAGCAAAAGAACACAGAGAUUUUACAAACAAAAGCACAGUUUCUCAGGGUAAUGUAAAAGCAUGGAAUUUUUUUUUUCCUCCAAUGACUAAUGUCCCUGUAAGGGCUCUGUACAUUUCUCUCAGAUAUAAUCACAUAACAUCAUAUCUAAUGUCUGAUUUCCACUAAUGUAUAAAAUAAAAUUUGAUUGCAAUAGUACAAAGUACAAUACAUAAUAUAAUGCCAAAGAAUUGGAGAAUUAAAAUAAGUAUGAUACAAAAGUCUGUCCAGCUUUUUUUGCAGCAGGACACAUAGUUUG